AUGGCAUCCGCAGCCGAAGGGCAAGACCCUCCUUCCUCCCCUGCACCUGCUCCAAGCCGACAGCGAGCUCCAACAAUCAGUAUAGAUGACUCUGCUGUCCACCCUCAUAUCCAGGAACCCCCAAGUACCUCGUCUGAUAGACCAGCCCCACUCCCUCGCAUUCAGACUGCCGGGCUGGAUUCGCCUCGAUCGCUGUCCUCUCCCCUGUCCCUCUCCCCAACAGAUGUCCGAGUUUCGACUGAUACCCGAGAGUCGCGUCCCACAUCUCCACACAAUGUCUCUUCGCCUCGAAAUCAAUUCCUAGAUGGCACCGCUGCACAUAAUUUUCUUUCCGUUCCAGGCUCAAGAGCAAGGGCAACAUCUGUUGAAUCAGAUCUUUCACCGACCUCAGAAUUUGGGGGGGAUACUCAAAUCGCCUCGACAGGUAAUGAGUCUCUCCGGAAGGCUUCUUUCAGCAACAACGAUGAUGUGAUGAAUGAUGAGGAGGCAUUGCAGCCAGACCCAGGGACAGACGAGGAUUUCAAGGUCGAGAAUAACAAAUUCGCUUUCAGCCCCGGUCAGCUGAACAAAAUGAUCAACCCCAAGAAUCUGUCAGCAUUUCAUGCUCUUGGUGGCUUAGGCGGUCUGGAAAAGGGCCUACGAACAAAUCGUCAUAGCGGUCUCAGUGUUGAUGAAGUGGGUCUGGAGGGUGAGGUCAGCUUUCAGGAAGCCGUGCAAGCUGGAGCCGAAAUGAACGAGAAAUUCGGCACUGUCAAGAGAUCCCACACCUCCGGCUCAAUGGCGGAGGCUCCGAAAAUAUCUGAUGAUUCAUUUUCCGACCGAAAACGUAUCUUCAAGGACAAUCGACUUCCGGAAAAGAAAGCAAAAACAUUCUGGCAGCUCGCCUGGAUUGCGUACAAUGACAAAGUGCUGAUCUUGCUCUCUGUCGCUGCUGUGGUCUCUUUGGCAUUAGGGAUUUACCAGACCGUCAGGCCCGCUCCAUCUGAGGAGCACGAGGCCCGGGUUGAAUGGGUCGAAGGUGUCGCCAUCAUGGUUGCUAUUUUCGUCGUUACAUUUGUCGGUGCCCUGAACGAUUAUCAGAAGGAACGCCAGUUCAUUAAGUUGAACAAGAAAAAAGAAGAACGAAACGUCAAGGUCAUUCGCUCUGGCAAGUCGCAACAAAUCUCAGUGUACGAUAUCUUGGUUGGCGAUGUCAUGCAUUUAGAGCCGGGUGACCUCAUUCCAGUGGACGGUGUCUUCAUCGAGGGCCAUAACGUCAAAUGUGAUGAAUCAUCCGCCACUGGUGAGUCCGACAUUAUUCGCAAGACUGCCGCCGAUGAGGUUUUCCAUGCAAUUGAAAAUCAUCAGAAUCUCAAGAAGAUGGACCCCUUUAUUCUUUCAGGGGGUAAGGUCUCCGAAGGAGUGGGCACCUUCCUAGUCACUUCCGUUGGUGUCAAUUCGAGCUACGGGAAGACUUUGAUGUCGCUCCAAGAUGAGGGCCAAACCACUCCCCUGCAAUCAAAAUUGAACAUUUUGGCCGAGUAUAUUGCGAAGCUUGGUUUGGCCGCAGGCUUACUCUUGUUUGUCGUUCUCUUCAUCAAAUUUCUUGUAGAGCUUAAGGAUAUUGAGGGGGGAUCUCAGGGCAAAGGACAACGCUUCCUUCAGAUUUUCAUCGUCGCAGUUACAAUCAUCGUCGUCGCGGUUCCGGAAGGUCUGCCAUUGGCAGUAACUCUUGCUCUGGCCUUCGCUACCACCAGAAUGCUCAAGGACAACAAUCUUGUGCGCCUACUCCGAGCUUGUGAGACAAUGGGCAAUGCCACUACGGUCUGCUCGGAUAAGACGGGGACCUUGACUCAGAACAAGAUGACUGUUGUUGCUGGUACUCUCUCGACCGCCUCUAGAUUUGGUGACAAGGAAGAGGCUGUUAACUCGACUCCCACUAGCAAACACGAAGAGAAAACUCCUGGGACCGACACCAACGAUGUGUCCUCCGCUGAAUUCUACACCACCCUUUCAGCAGACACCAAAACCCUACUGAAAGACUCGAUCAUUCUCAACUCGACUGCUUUCGAGGGCGAGGAGAAUGGUGCAAGGGUGUUCAUCGGUUCCAAGACUGAGACUGCUCUACUGCAAUUUGUUGUUGACCAUCUUCCCGUUGAAUCGAUCUCGGAAGAACGAGCAAACUCGGAAAUUGUGCAGAUGGUUCCCUUCGAUUCUGGUCGCAAAUGUAUGGCAGUAGUAGUAAGACUACCGGAUGGUAAGUAUCGCAUGUUGGUAAAAGGAGCGUCUGAGAUCUUGAUAUCCAAAUGUACUCGGAUCAUCACAGAUCCUACUCUAGGAACUGUCGACACUCCUAUCACCGCGGAUCAAGUCGAGGCCCUCAAUGGCAUUGUCAGCAACUAUGCAUCACGAUCUUUGAGAACCAUUGGCCUCCUCUAUCGAGACUUUUCAGAAUGGCCCCCGCGUGGAGCUGUGUCGGCCGAUGAUAACAAGCAAGCAGAUUUUGACAAAGUCUUCAAGGACAUGAUCUUCUUUGGCGUUGUUGGUAUUCAGGAUCCGCUCCGGCCUGGCGUCACGAAAGCUGUUCACGACUGUCAGGUUGCAGGUGUCUUCGUACGAAUGGUCACAGGAGACAACAUUAUGACUGCAAAGGCCAUUGCGACUGAGUGCGGCAUCUUUACUUCGGGAGGCAUUGCAAUGGAGGGCCCGGUCUUCAGGAAACUGAGCAAGAAGCAGUUGACGCAGGUUAUCCCUCGACUUCAGGUGCUAGCCAGGUCGAGCCCAGACGAUAAAAAGCUACUGGUGGGACACCUAAAGAAGCUUGGAGAGACCGUUGCUGUGACUGGUGAUGGUACCAAUGAUGCACCUGCUCUUAAGACCGCUGAUGUUGGUUUCUCCAUGGGUAUUGCUGGUACAGAAGUGGCCAAGGAAGCAUCGGCUAUCAUUCUUAUGGACGACAACUUCGCCUCGAUUGUGAAAGCUAUUUCUUGGGGUAGAACUGUCAAUGAUGCCGUGAAGAAAUUUCUACAGUUUCAAAUUACAGUCAACAUCACUGCAGUGUUCCUAACAUUCAUCUCUGCAGUUGCUAACGAUGACGAGGCCUCUGUCCUUACUGCAGUUCAACUUCUAUGGGUCAAUCUCAUUAUGGACACUUUUGCAGCUCUAGCGUUGGCGACCGACCCUCCAACGGCAUCAAUAUUGAAACGCCGUCCCGAGCCCAAGUCAGCGCCGUUGAUUACGCUGAACAUGUGGAAAAUGAUCAUCGGCCAGUCGAUCUAUCAGCUAGUUGUGACCCUGAUACUCUACUUUGCCGGUGCAAGCAUUCUUUCGUACGAGACGGACGGUGAGCAUAAGAGACUACAGAGCACGAUUUUCAACACUUUCGUGUGGAUGCAAAUCUUCAAUCAGUACAAUUCUCGCCGAUUGGACAACAACUUCAAUAUCUUUGAAGGCAUUCUGAAGAACUGGUGGUUCAUUGGAAUUCAAUUCGUCAUCGUGGGAGGACAAUGCUUGAUCAUGUUUGUGGGUGGUGAAGCAUUCUCUAUCAAUCGCAUCAACGGCGCACAAUGGGGCUAUUCGAUCGUGCUUGGAGCGCUUUCAAUGCCUGUCGCUGUCAUUAUCAGACUGAUACCAGACGAACUAUUCGCGAAGCUCAUACCGACUGUGCCUCGACGAAAAAAGGCAGGCCCAUCGUUCUUCCUCGAAGACGAUGAAGACCGAGUGCAACAGUGGAAUCCAGCGAUCGAGGAGAUACGAGAAGAGCUCACGUUUCUCAAGAAGAUUCGCGGUGGCCGCAUGGCCGAGCUCGCGUAUAAGUUACAGCACCCUCGUGAUACUUUUAUUCCGCGUUCACGCAGUCCAUCACGUUCGCGAUCGGAUACACAACUUCCGCAAACUCCUGAAGGCGACCAAGUCGUAUCAGACACUCCCACAGCAUCGCCGUCCAGUCCGGAAAAGGCGCGACGAAGAAACCGAUCUGCGUCCAAUUCGGUAUUUGGACCGGCAGCUGCGAUGGCAGGUAUUGUGGCCGGCAGCAUAGGUGGUGGAUGGUCACCAGUAGAAAGACGGCCUGAAGAGCAGGAAACGGUCCGGUUUACACGGUCUCGGUCCCACUCUGGGGUGGAAGGAACAGCCGGUAUGGAAAUCCAUCCUGCCACUCCAGCCGCAGAUCCGGUGUUUGCCCAAAGCGUGCCCAAAGCUGGAGUGCCACCCAGCCAAGAUCCCACGCUAGCACCGCACUUUGAGCAUGCGCCUCCUCACAGUCCAUCAGUCAGAUCAAAAGGAUCACACUCGCGCCAGCCAUCCUCGGCCGCUUGA